GAAGGAAAGAAAAAAAAAGAGGUGGGGUGUCUAGGGGGAAGGAGGGGUGCGAAAUAAAGUUUGAAAUCCACCCCUUUAGUCUAGCCACCACAUCCCAUCCUCCAGUCUCCCCUCCUACCUCCCUCCUAUUCUGCCUGGCCACAGACACAUGCCUUUUGUAUGGAAGGAGCUGGAGAAACAACCGCAGCUCUCUGUGUGGAAAAAAAUACUAAGGGAGCUGGUGAGAGGGGGAUCAAGAAAAAGAGACAGGGAGAGUGGAGCGUCCAGGUGUUUUGCCCCUAGUUAAAAGCCCUGUACGAGGGAUCUGUCACAGCCAAGCCGAGCACCCUGCCUCACUCUCACUCUCCACUCACUAGCCUGCACUUUCCUCCUAACUCACUUUCUCUCUCUCUCUCACUCUCUCCCUCUCUCUCUCUCAAUCUUUCCCUCCUACUUUCCACCCGUGAGUGAGAGCGCACAGUCAUUCAGAAGGUGCGUCUGGUCUGAAAUCUGCGUGUCUGAAGUCAACUAGCCGGAGACAGCACUGCCUGCAAGGACUUUUUUUUUUGCCUUCCUCACUGCAGAAGCACAUGGACUAAAUUUUACAUUUUCUACAGAGACAAAAAAAAAAAUCAACAGCAAAAGCAUCUAUCUAACAUCUGUCUAUUUUUCCUUCUUUUUUUUUUUGAUGUGCAUAUGUAAUCAAUAUCUCUCAUCAUCCAACAAUCAACCUGCCUGAUUCUCAUCAAGAAUCUGCUGGAGACAAGACGUCAAGUCAUCAGAGGGGGCAUGAGCAGAACAGCAGCAACCUGCAGACCUGCAUACCUGCCUGAGAAAUUAGCCUGAAUCUGCCCGAAGUUCUUUCUCAAGCAGAAGAGAAAAGACAAGAGACUCAGAGAGUCAGAAAUCACAUCCACAUUCAAUGCAAGAAACCCCACAUGCAUAUCCUGCAGAUUGAAAGUUCUGAAACCACGAGGUAGAUCACCAUGCUGCUGGUGCCUGUGUGUGUGCUGCUGAUGCUGGGGGGCCACGCUCUGGGCGGGGGAUACGCCCCUGUACCCCAGAUGAAGUACAUGCAACCAAUGAUGAAGGGGCCGGUUGGACCUCCUUUCAGAGAGGGGAAGGGCCAGUAUCUUGAAUAUCCACCUGCGAUGAAGGUGAAAGGGGAGCCAGGCCCUCAAGGGAAGCCAGGUCCUAGAGGUCCAGCUGGGCCCCCAGGUUUACCAGGAAAACCAGGUUUAGGUAAACCAGGCCUAAAUGGUCAGGCAGGACCCCAGGGGCCAGCUGGCCUGCCAGGAAUUGGAAAGCCAGGACUGCCAGGUUUGCCGGGAAAACUUGGGCCCAAAGGGCUGCCAGGAAUCAAUGGUGACAAGGGACCUCAAGGUGAGCCUGGGCUACGGGGAUUGCCUGGACAACCAGGAGCACCUGGGCCUGCAGGUCUAUCAUUGAAUGGCAAACCAGGGCUCCCAGGAGUUCGAGGUCCACCAGGAUCCAGGGGUGAACCAGGUCUAAAAGGUGGCCGUGGUAUGCCCGGUGAACAAGGCCUCAAAGGGGAAAAUGGCAAUGGCAAGAUAGGUCCACCUGGCCUUAGAGGUCCAGCUGGCCUUCCAGGAGGUCCUGGGGCUCCUGGAAACCCAGGUGUGGGCAAGCCUGGGCUUAACGGGUUACCUGGACCUCUAGGACCAAAAGGGGACCAAGGAAUUCCAGGCCUUCAAGGUCUUCCUGGGGAUGCUGGGCCUCCAGGACUGCCAGGGCCAGCUGGGCAAGCUGGGUUGGGAAAGCCUGGGAUUGAUGGUGUUCCUGGAAGACCAGGUCCAAUAGGACCAAAAGGUGAACCAGGCCUUAGGGGGACUCCUGGGUUUCCUGGAGCUCCUGGCUAUGGUAAACCUGGCCUUUUAGGACAGAAAGGGGACAGGGGUCCUGCUGGAUUACCAGGUGCUGUUGGUGAUAAAGGUGAACCUGGCAUGGAUGGUCUACCAGGUGAUGUUGGGGUAAAUGGGCAGCCAGGACCUCAAGGUCUGCAAGGUCCAAUGGGUCUUCCAGGAAAGCAUGGCAUGCCUGGUCUGAAAGGAGAAUUGGGUCCUCAAGGGCCUCCAGGUUUGCCAGGGCUCAGAGGAGAUCAAGGUCCCGGUGGUUUGCCAGGAAAGCCUGGUAUGCCGGGGGAUAAAGGGCUUCCAGGGCCAAAUGGAGCCAUUGGAAAACCAGGGCCUAAAGGCGAAGCAGGUCACACUGGUUUCCCUGGUAAUCCAGGCUUGAUUGGAGUACCAGGUCCCAAAGGAGAAAAUGGUUUUGUUGGGCCCCCAGGACCACGUGGCCUAUCUGGAAUUCCAGGUCUACCUGGACCAACAGGACAUAUGGGACCACAGGGCAUUCCUGGGUUGAAAGGGGAACAAGGUCUACCAGGGCCACCAGGAAAUGGAAAGAAUGGGGACCAGGGAUUAACCGGUCCACAGGGACCGCCAGGAAAACCAGGCCCUCCUGGAAUAAGUGGUACUCAAGGCCCUCCAGGUCCUCCAGGUCCUCCUGGCCCUCCGGGCCCAACUAACGGAGAUACAACAGUGGCAGGGCUCCAAGGUCCUGAUAUUGGGGGAGAAACGAUAACAAAUCCAGGUGCUGGAAAACCACAGUUUGGUGUCGGUGAGCUUUCUGCCACAAUGGCUCCAGCAUUUACUGCCAUCCUCACUACACCUUUCCCACCUUCUGGUAUGCCCAUUAAAUUCGACAGGACUCUGUACAAUGGACAAAAUGCUUACAAUCCCACUACUGGUAUCUUCACAAGCCCACUGCCUGGAAUCUACUACUUUGCUUAUCACGUUCACGUAAAGGGAACCAGCCUGUGGGUGGCACUGUACAAAAACAAUGUGCCUGCCACAUACACCUAUGACGAAUACAAGAAGGGUUAUAUGGACCAGGCGUCAGGCAGUGCAGUGUUGGAGCUGAAGGAGAACGACCAGGUUUGGGUGCAGAUGCCAUCUGACCAAGCAAAUGGGCUUUACUCCACCGAGUACAUCCAUUCAUCCUUCUCAGGGUUCCUUCUGUGCCCUACAUAACAGUUUAUAUGAUCCAUCGUUUAUUGUUCCAGCGCUCUGCGGUCACUCAAGUACCACCUGUAACAUCGAUAACAGGAAAGACUGAACACCAGAAAAGCCUAGAUGAAAGCAGGAGAUGGAAACUUUAUGCUGUGUCCAUGUUUUAGCCUUUUCAAAUGUCUGAUUUGAUUUUUGUUUUCCUUCAAGUGUUUUUGGUAUCUUCAGCCUAUAUUAUAAUGUUAUUAUAACUGUUAUAUUAUUAUUGUUGCUGUUGUUGUGUUAUUUUAAUUGAUGUUGUUGUUUAUCGGAAUCAGACAAUGUGUAAGUAACAGUUUUACCCAUGUGACUGCACACUUUGCCAAAUGUUCUGACUCCCAUUGAACUCCAUUUCUUUCGACUCUGGGGUUGUGUGUUCCCCUGGCUGCAGUCACAUUCAGCUCAAGCUCUUAUUUUCAAUCAUUUUCAACAACAUUUCCUCUUUACUACCCUGACGGUUUUAAGUUUACUCUAGGGAGUAAAGUCUUAACUCUAGGCCAAAUGUCAUAAAAUAUGUUUUGUUUACUAUGUGUUACAGUUACAAUUUGUUGCUAAUGUGCCUAAAUCAGUGAUAUACGUGGAGAGUAUUGUCCUUAUCCUUGAAGUGAAAAGUUUUAGAAUAUUAUUUUGAACAGAAAAUCAGUCUGAAAUUCUAGUCUGAAACAUUACAAAAUAAUACACAAGUAUUAUCUCCCUGUAUUGCUGGCAUUUAUAUAUUUUUAAGAAGAUAUUUAGAUGAACUGUUAAUGGAUUAACUGUCUGAGUGUAAAGACAUAAUGAACUCUAACCUAUGCAUUUGAUCACAGUAUGUUCAAAGGUCAUUACAGUUCUGAAACUUAUAUUGUACUUAACAUCGUAUUAAAUAGUGGACAUUCAUUUUUGAAUGUUUUAAUCAUCUACACACUUAAUUCCAUUUAAGAUUCUUUGGUCAUUCAAAUUAGUUAAAGUUGAACAUCAAGAGCUUUUUUCCAGAACUUGAAGACAUGGCCCAUGUCAUGUGAACUGUGUCUUUCGCCUUAUUGAACAUUUAACAAAUUAAUUACUGGGCAUUGUGCACAACAUCCCAGUUUAUUAUUCAGAUGUUCUGUUCAUUGCUUUCAAUGCUCGCACAAAGAAGACUUGAUCAUGAAUUAUUCAGGCAGAUAUUGAAUGAUUAGUUCAUAGUAAUGAACAGAUUAAAUAAAUGCACUGGAUCUGUCGAACAAAAAUGAUUAUUGCAACUCAUCCCUAUUUGUUAUAAAAGGUUUUCAGAAACAAAUAAGAACAUGCAUAUGCAGACCGUAACAAUGAACACAAAAUUAAUUAUUGACCCUGAGUUGGCUGUAAAAUAAAUUGUCGAGUUGUUAUUCCCAAAUAACCCCUGAAUUACCCAUUGGGUUUGUCACGUAUUGCAAAAUUGAGCCAAAAUGUUGCUGUUGUUUCAUCUGGUGCUAGUGAUAUCUUAAAAGAAGCGUUAUAUUACAACUACAUCAUUCAUAAAGCUGGAAUUACUGUCAUAACAAACUGAUUCCAAAGUGUGCCAACUGUGGUGAUAUGUAACAGUUAUUCACCUUUUAUCCCCUUUUGGCUGUUCUCAGUGUAGCCAGUCAGCAAUUCUUCAUUGCUUUUCUCUGUUGUUAAAAUAUUUACCUCCCCCCAAAAUAUUACUGCAUUUAAGACAAGAGCCAAUCAUUUCAUCUAUCCAUAUCCUAUAGCCAUUUCCAUUAAUUUUUUCACAGAGAGCUUUGAUUUUUAAAAUUUGAUUCGCUCCAUCUUUAAUGUCAGUAUAAACAGAGGCUUUGAAAUCAGCGUAUAUAUUUUUAAAUGAAAUCAAUAAAAAAUUGUCAGGUAGAUUCAUUGUACUGUUUCCCCUCAGAUCUGCUAGACUCGGUUUUCCUUUCAUUUUCAUGCCAAGAAAAUUCUUGCUUCGGUUUGUAAGGGAUAUUUGUUUGUUACGGACAAGAUAAACACAAACAACCCGUCCCAUUUGCACAUUAGCGUAAUGAAGGUGUAUUUAUACUGUACAUAUGUGAUGAAUCAGCAAGAAUGUCUGCCUACCGAAGCGUCCAUUGAAAUAACGUACAAAUAAAUAUAUAUAACAGCAUUGACAAGUUACGAGUAUUGUAGUUAGCAUACUACCGUCGUUAAAGGAAUAUUUUGUCGACCUUUACUUCUUUUAUUUUUUUUGUAUGUACUACGUAUCAGAUUAUAGGGUUCUGUUUUGGUUGUUUGAUGUAUACAGGGCUAUUGCAUUUAUGCUGUGCAAUAGACUUUGGGUAUUAAAUGCACUCUUUUGACUGAAAAUGUUUUGUCAGCUUAUAAGAAAUCUGCAGUACUUGAUAGUAUUGAUACAAUAUCAAUAAAGAUUUUCUUGUACAAAUACUGUA